AUGUGCUUCUUUUUUUCAAGUCACUUGAGUUCAUUUUUUUUAAUUUUAUUUUUUUUAAUCUUUCUAGGUCAUUGCAAAAAGACGUUUAGUAUCUUGGUGCGAAUUCUCCGUGAACCAAGCCUCUCAAGCAAAUCUUGGUUUCUCAUUCUAGAUGAUGACACAAUAAUCAGUAUUACCAGAUUACGUAAAUUACUUGCCUGUUACGACCCCAGUGAAGCUGUGGCCCUGGGAGAGCGUUAUGGCUACGGUGUGUCUACAAGUACCGGAUAUGACUAUAUAACUGGAGGAGGAGGUAUGGUGCUAAGUCGAGCUGCUGUUGAAGCCAUUAUAACAUCAGGUCAAUGCAGCUGUCCUCGUAAUGACUCUCCAGACGACAUGAUACUUGGAAUGUGUCUUCAAAAUCUCAACAUUCCCAUUACUCACAGCCCGUUCUUUCAUCAGGCUCGUCCAGACGACUACAAUAAAGACUUGCUUGCUCUACAGGAUCCCAUUUCCUUUCAUAAACACUGGAUGAUUGACCCGAUAGACGUCUAUCAGACAUGGUUUGCAAAAGCAGCCCAGUUUCAUGACGAAUUAUAG